UCAUUGCAGAUCGUUGGAUGUUAACACUUAACAGUAGAGAUUCUAUGUUUCUUUGGCGAGUGACACUAAAUCAGUUAAUUAUUUUGAAUGGGAACCAAUGAAUGUUCUUCCUGUUUUUCCUUGUGUCCAUCCUUUUAUUCUAGGUAUCUAUGUGUCUUUGUGGGGUCAUACUUUGGGUAUUAUCAUAGCAAACAGGCCCAUGCGUUGCCAUGGGAACCGAAAUCAUUUCAACACAAUAUAAAAGCAUGGAAAAAAUGGUCUUUGAGAUCACCAUCUUAGGUACAUACUUUUUUUUGUUAUCAAUAUUGAGAUAUAUAAGCAUGAGUUCAAAGUUUCAAACUAAAUGAAGCAGGUUCAUAUCAUGAUUGUAAGGUUCACUACAAUUCUCUCUUUCAAAUUGUUUUUCUUGUGACGUGGCCGAGAUAUUCUCUUACACUUGCAGAAAUCAUUAUCCGUUGUGAAUUCCCAUCAUAUGUCCACACUUGCAGAAAUCAUUAUCCGUUGUGAAUUCCCAUCAUAUGUCCAGCUUAACAUAAAAGGAUUUUGACGCCAUAUUAAACUCGGAUUAUUAUAAGCCACGAGAGUCAAUUUAGUAUUUAAACAGCAGUUCAAAUGAUCAGGAAACCAACCUGAGUUUUAAAAUCUUUAACAUGUGCUAGCUUUUAAGUCCAUUCACCCAAUUUUGGUUGUCGAGCUCCUUUUCUUACACAUGCAGAAAAAUAAUGCAUGAAGUUGCAUCCGAGGCUAACUCGACGCGCGAGUGCGGUCUUAUUUUCCUCCGAUGCUUUUCUUUUCUCAUCUGAUCCAAUCUCUUAUUGGAGCAGCUCAUCUGAUCCAGUCUCUGAGAGCUUUUCUCAUCCUGAUCCAAUCUCUUAUUUUUCCUCUCCGAGGCAAGCGUGCUAGCUGUGUAGCCUUGUCCAAUUAUUAUCUGUGAGCAAAGGAAACACACUCUUUGUCCUUCUUAUUAUUGAUUGAUCUUUGAGGUGGCUUGCUGAUUUGAGAUGAAGGAGGUAUAUAAAUUGGUGAAACAAGCUGUAAGGGAACGAUAUGGUAUUAUUUAACUUUUUUUUGAGUGGUUGGUAUUAUUUAACUGGCUGGCACACGUUGGGAGUUCGAUCCCUUGGAGAGGCGAACAUCUUUUUGCCUCGUCUUGGGCUGUGCCGAGUGACACGGACGCAUCUUGCCUCCUCUUGGGCUGGGCUGAGACCUGAGGGUAACGAACGACCAGGCCCAGGUGGAGGCCCACCUAGCGACUUCAGAAUCAUAUUUACUAGUAGAACGCCCGUGCUUUGCUACGGGCUAUAAUGUAUAUUUUUCUCAAAAAAAAGGCUACAAUGCAUAUAAAUGAAUCAAACAAAUAAUUAAGGUCAUCAUCAAGGUCGAAGCUCAUUUCUUUCUCAUACUAUCUGUUCAGUUAUGACUGUCUGAGCGGAAUAUUCUCUAAUGAAAUGCAAUUUGCCAUAUUUUCUAAAAUAAGACAAUUAUUCUGCCCAGACAGUCAUAACUGAACAGACCAACCUCAACCCCCACCCAGCUCACUCUCUUUGGGGCGAAAAUAUUCUAGUGGUUCAACAUUAACUGUGUUAAACAUAUAUCUUUGGGGACGAUCCCUCUCCCCCCUUCCCUCUCUCGAUCUCUCCUAACCCCUCUCCGGUCCCCCCCCCCCUCUCUCUGGAUAACUCUCGAUCUUCAGCAUGCUGUCUUCUCAAGAAGGCUCCAAUGCUUAAGUAGCUGCCUCGUGAACCGGUCAUCAUUGUUGAUGGUUGUGGUUGUGCCGACGAUGAGGAGGAACCCCGCCAAGAAGUUGCUGAUGCUCUUGAUCUCAUCCCCGUGGUCACCAUCGUCGCUGCUUGGGGUGUUGUUCAUCAAUGCCAAAACUGCACUAACUCCUUACUAUAUAGGGGAAAAGGGACCCUUAGUGCACUUCAGUAUUUGUUCAAAGCUAGUAAUAUACUGUGUUUAUUUUUCUCAGAUGCUAAAAUCAUUACAUUUAUUUUUCUCCGAUGCUAAACUAUUAGGAGGUCCCCAAAUAGAUGGGAAACCUUGUGAGGAUAGUAAGAGCAAACCAUUAUCACUUGUGCUGUAGUGAGGAUCACAUCAGUAGCGUUAAAAGGACUUGUUCAUGUUAACUCUAUAUGCUAGUUUUGUGACUCUUCUUUUGAUUAAUUUCAUGUAUUUUCUACUUAUCUUCUAGGAAAUUCUUUUCUCGGAUGAGAAAUCAAAAGCAAGAAUGAAUAUUGAUCCUUUUUUAGGCCAACUGAUUUCCUUUAAGAACUUCCAUAAAGAGCCAAUAAUUGGGAACGGCAAUACUGCUGAAAAUAGAAAUCCAAUUUGUGCUUGCUGCAAGGAGUGGCUUCAGCACACAUUUGUAACACUAUAAUACCUAACCUAGAAAAAGGUUGUUGCUGAUUACCAUUGGACGAAUGAGGUGUGCAGACAAUGAUAGAAAAGAAAUAGCAUGAGCGCCUAGGUAUCUCUUGCUGUGUGGGAUGGAUCGCUGCUACACCGACCGAUUAGGUAGUGUCUGCGUUGAAAUAGAUGACCAUCUAUAUGUCAAUGGUAGCUAUCACACUACGUAGAGAUGAGAUGUUAAUGAAAACCAUCUAUAUGUCAAGGAAGCAAGCGAACAACAUUUAGUACAAUCAGGCACACCUUAGAUAAUUAGAUAUAUCGACACAUUAUCAAGAAUGUCUAACAAACUUUGUGCUUCAUUGUAAAGAUCAUGCCUCUGCUCAUCCAAAUGGCUGUCGUCACCAGCCUGAUCUGCCAAAUAAAAAUGCCUGAUAUAAAUUUAUGGGUAAGGAUAUAAUAUAAGAGCUAUGAGAAAGAAAUCUCAAGAAAUAAAUAUUAAUGCCACGAAUAGGGAUAUUAAUAAUUAUUGUGAAAUGUUAGUAUCAAGACUUGUACAACAAAGGUACAUAGCACAUUCAUAAAAUACAUCAGACAUGUGAAGAAGGACAGGAGCAUCAUAGCACGAGAGGAAAGACAAGUAGCGGUUGACACUUCCAGUUCCUUUUUUGAUGAGGCGUAAUUAAAUGUGCCAAAAGCCAGGUAGGUACCAGUCCCUUCCGAUGCCUUUUUUGGUAAUUAGUGUGACGCGUGCAUACAUAACCUAGAACGGUAUUGAUUUACGGAUUUGCACCGUAACGCCCGCCCGACCCCUGUUUGGUUUGGUCCUUUCUGAAUUUUCGGCGCGGUUUUCCCUUUUCGUUCGAGCGUCACUGUUUCGAUAAAGCAGAGAGAGAGAGAGAGAGAGAGAGGAAGGGGCGCUCGAGCGGAGGAGGAGGAGACCAGGCGAUUCGUGUUGUUCAUGUCGAUUCCGAGACCCCCCCUCCCCCCACUUGUCGAGCUUGAUUUCUCUCCCCUUUCUCUUCGAUUCAUGACGUCUUCGGUUGGUCGGCCUCGUCAUUCUCCGUCCUGCGCAUGAUUUUUGAUUGUUUCUGGGUGUGUGGCUUUCCAGAUUUAGGUGAAUUGCUGCCGUGAUUUCUUUGUGGGUUCGUGAUUGGUGUUUGUAGCCGCCGUGUUGUUGUAGAUUCGUGGUAGGUGCUUGUAGUUUUAGCGGUUGGCUCUGCUUCCUGGCAUGCGUAAUCCUCCAUUGUUCCCCAUCUACUCUUGUGUAGGCGCUGGUAGUUGUCUCGUUUUUUUUUUUUGGUUAGAUGUAGAUGUAUGGAUUAGAUGCAGGGUUUCAGAUGAGUGUUUUUGUGGUUAGAGUUUGGUGACUUGCGCUGGCAGGUGGUCUUUAUGUUCGUGGAUCCUGUUGGUUUUUUGUAGUAGAUACAUGAAUUUUGGUGAGGUUUAGUUGUAGUUAGUUGUUAUCAGUGGCCUCUACUGCAUGCAGUGCACAGGUUCCAUGACUUCUGAGUGUUAUCAAUGGCCUCUGGGUGUAUCAGACUUACCCCAGCCUCCAGUUAGCUCUGUUUUUGGUGUAUUUUCCAGGUUAUAUUUUCUAUUUUCCCCUGUGUUCUAGCCCUGUACUUACCCCUAGUUUGUGAGUGUUGGUUCUUAUCAAUGUAUUUUUUCAGUGCUCAUGUAUUAGAGUGUAAGCACAAUAAUUUAUGUGUUCUUUUGCUAGUAUUUGUUUUCUGAAGUUCAUGUAGGUUAUCUAGAUUAUCUAUUGAAUUGUGCGCUUUUCUCUGUAUUUUUAUGUGCUUUGCACUUCAAUUCCUCUAUUCUUUCAUUUUUCUAAUGCUCCUGGUUGAUUGAACCAACCAGGAUUUGCAGUGUAACUCUAUUUGUAUUGAGUCUGUAUUUUACUUAUGUUUCUGUAGUGUAAUUAUCCUAGAGUUACUGCGUAAUUAUGUCCAGAGUUUCAGUGUAAUAUAGGCCAGAGUUACUGUGUAAUUUCCCUGAGUUGCAGUGUAAUUCCCCCCAGAGUUAUCGUGUAAUUCUCAUGCUUAUUAUAUGUACUUGACCCUAGAGUUUUACACACUGUGAUUACCCCAGAGUUACUGUGUAAUUACCCCAGAGUUCCAGUGUAAUAUACCUUAGAGUUGUUGUGUAAUUUGUCCCAGAGUUUCAGUGUAAUUACCCCCAGAGUUACUGUGUAAUUCACAUGCUGCUUACAUGUUAUCCCAGAGUUAUAAUGUGUCCCAUUUUUUACAGUGUAAUUUUGUAUGAUUCGGUUAUGUAAUUCCUGAAAUUUUGGCUUUCAUUCUUGUUGAUUGUUCGAGUGUCGUUGUGGUGCAGUUAUGAACUAUGUCCUGUUUACAGUGUAAUCUUCCCAAGAAUUCCAGUGUAACCCUAGUUUUACAUUAUAAACGCCUUGCUUAUUCUAUGUAUUUACAGUGUAAUGUUCCCAAUAAUGCAGUGUUAUCCCAGAUUUACAGUCUAAGCCCCCUUGCUUUUAUUUCUGUAUUUAUAGUGUAAUUUCCGCCCUAAUUUUUAGUGUAAUAUUCAUGCUUCAGCUCUGCAAUUUAUAGGUUUUAGUUUAAUGGGUAAGCUUCGGAAAGUCUCUCGCCAGGACGUUACAUUAGUAUCAUCUUCGGAAUUUGCAUUUGUGUGAGUGCUCUGAUUCUCCCCUUUCUCUUUCUUCAUUGCUGUGGCAAGUGUUUGAGUUUGUUUUUGUUGCUGCUGAACUGGGGUGAACAUCUUCAGUCUCCUGGAUACUUAGCAUUUUGUUUCCGAUUUAUUCUUCUUACUAGUUUCAACUUGUAUGAUAUGUACUUGUUUCUGAAAUUUUAUUAAUGUGCCCACCUGUUCCAAAUUCAUGUGGGCAAACAUGUCUGUUUUCCAGGGGUUCGGUUCUGUUGCGCCUUCUUCGCUUGGUGUAGCUUCGUUUUGCAUUUCUUCCAAUGUCUGCAGCAGAGUUCUCAAGAUUGUAAGUCCAUGUGUUUCUACAUUGUCCAGGAAGUUACAAUGUAUAUAUAGGGGCACUUUACAGUGUAAUUCCUGGGUUAUUUCGCUGUAAAUCCUGAUCAACAACAUUCUUACAAUGUAAAUGUUCAUUUUUACAGUCUAAUUUACACUGUAUAUUCUAGGCGAUUUCCACUGUAUUUUUGGUGCAGUUACACUGUAAUUCCUAGGUACUUUACCGUGUAAGCUGACAAGUUUUGGCAAGUUUAAAUCUCUUGUAGUUUUCAGUGUCAAUUCCUGUGUAUGUGGACUAUAAUUUCCAGGGGAUUUACACUGUAAGUCUUGGACUAUUGCAGUGUAAUUGUUAGGCAGUUGCAGUGUAAGUUGGCAAGUUCUGCUAGUGUAAAUCUUGGACUGUAAUUUGUAGGCGUUCUUGGACUCUUUUGCACUGCAAUUCUUGGUAAAUUUUCAGUGUCAUUUACUUUGUCUACGCAGUCUGUAGGCUCUGAAUUUUUUUUUCUACUCUUUGCAGCCUUGUUUUCGUAUUAUACUCCGGAAAUGAGUUCCUGUCAUUUUUCUGAAUGUUUCUAUGGUAUCAGGUGCGCAUAUUCUUUUGUAUUUUUCUGCAUGCUUUCACUAGUAUUGAGUCUACAGUGUAAUUUUCAGCUACCUCGGGAUUAUAGUGUAGGUUCUAUGAUUUUUGCCACUGUAUUUCUGCAUUAUAUACUUCAAAGUUUCUGUAAUUUCCCAAGUUUAGGCACUGCUAGCGAUCACUCAUUUCCAGAGUAUCCUGUGGUCCAGGUUUAGUUGAAACUGGGUGACAGUUUAGCCCAGCCCGUUUUUUAGAAAUAGAAAACAUAUAGUCGCCGGGGUGGUUAUUUUUGGACAUACAAGUGUGCUCUGUUUAUUUGUCAAGAAAUGUGAAUGUUACCGAAUUGAAAAACAGUCAAGUGCUGAAUAGACACUCCCUUGAUUUAUGACACGAUUUUGACCUUUUUUUUUGCGGGGACACGAUUUUGACCAUGACGUUCCUCAAAAAUAAUUAUGAAACCUACCCAAAUUCUUUUUCACAGUGAUCAUGACAACCAUGAAGUAUUUUGACAAUGACCAUGGGUAAAAUAAGUAUGUGACCUUAGGAACUCGGAGAGUGAUCCUAAAGUGAAGAUAUUAGAGCAUGCACUCCAUGAAACCAUCAAGUAACAUGUAUCUUUGGAAAAAUGGCUAAGAGCUUCAUGGGCAGCCAAUAUGUUGAGCGACGUGGCUCAAUUCAGCUGAUACAUCUCAUGGAAUAGAUAUGAGGCUCACCAAUUGUCUGUAAAAACAUGAACGGGAGCCAAAUGAAAGUUCACAGUGCUUCAAACACAAAACAUACAAGACUGGUUGCAAUCACACAAAUCUCCUCUCAUAUGGAAAGGAUCCAUGGAUGAGUCAGGGGGCUGUCGUCGCCGCCUGGGUUGUUGGACGUGGCUAUCGCGAGGUACUACCUCCCAAGAGCCAAAGCAGCAGGACCAAGGCAGAGUAUCGGUCAUGGCAAUAACCAAUCAGUCGUGGAGCACUUAAGGAAAGAAAGCACCGCAUUAAUCGCUAGAAAACCGGGACGUCCGCUUGCGUUCCCUAGAUUUCUGUCUCAGGCCCACAUGCAUGCCCAAUCCUCUCGUGCGGUUGCUGCAUGCAUUGGCCGGCACAGAGAAUCGAGGGUUAGGCUGAGUUAAUUCCUAGCGUUUCACAUGCAAAGUCGAAUUAACACCUCCCGUGAAUUGCUCGCAUGCGGCCUUUAAAUACGGACGCUGCAUGGUGGCACGGUCAAUCCUCUGUAUCUCGCUUCAGAGUCCAGAACAGAGAGGCCGGCAGCCAACAGUAGGGACAUCCUGCAUUCCCACGAAGAUGGCCAGGAAGGGGAAGAAGCUGCCAAAGACGAACGGGAGAGAUUCUGUGGAAGGACAGAAUGCAAAUUCCGCACCUGCUGAACAAGUCACAGAUUCUGUGGAAGGACAGAGUGCAAAUUCCACACCUGCUGAACAAGUUACAGAUUCCGUUGAAGCCACAGUGGAGGGGAAUGUUGAGGAUCAAGGACAUGAAGGCGGGUUUGUCUGCAACUGCGGCGCGACGAAGAUGGGCGGCGCCAGCUGCAACUGCGGCUCCUACUUACUACCAAAAGGGGGUAAGCUAACUAAGCGGCAAAAGGCGCUUGUAACGAACAAAAUCUCAGAGAUAGGAUCUGCAUCACCUCUGUUUGUGAAGGUGAUGACGGCAGACCUUAUAAAGAGGAAGCCAGAACUGUAUUUCUGCAAGGCAUAUGUUUUGACGUGCCGCCUCUGGCACGAAGAAUGGCACGAACAAACAAUACCUCUCACACUUUUGCUGGAAGAUCGGACGAUGAAUACAUGGCUGCUCAUCGGAGAAUAUAUGGCUGUGAAGAUGUGGAAUAGCAUAUAUUGCUGGAACCUCUUGGUUGAAGAGGCCGAGAUCAAGCCCGGAGAGAUCUGCCUCUUCCAACUGGUAGAGAGGAGCGGAGGGCGGAUCACGAUGCGGGUCCAUGUGAUCCGCAAGUCGGAAAUGCCGCAGUUUAGCCUCGAGGAGCCUCGCACGAAAGAAAUCAAUGUCAGAAAGCCUCGCAUGAAGGAGACACGCGAGGAGCCUCGCACGGAGGAGACCCACUUGUCCCCGGCGGGAGGAUACGUUGGCAAUCCUCACGCUGAGCCCUCCGGAGGGAGCUCGAGCGAGCCCCGCGGGAGCGACAACGACAGCCGCCCCAAGCCGAUUGUGAAGAGGCGUCUCUUGCCUUCACCUUGCGAGUCCCCCGAAAAGAAGAUGAAGAUGCAGUUAGAGGCCACGACGUCCAUCGAGCUCUCACCGGAGGCGCCCGCUGAGGAGACCCAUCCGCCCCAGUAGGGGCCUGAGGAGGCCGCCUGCCAUCUUGAGGCGGAGACGGUGACCGAAGAUGAUCAUGCGACUUUCCAGGCGCACGAAGACUUGCCUCCCCUAGCUGGGAGGAACGAGCCUCGCAAGGGAGCCUUGCAAGGGGGCGGGCGGGCGGUGGUGCCUCUAGAGGCGCCUGGUGCGGAAGAUGACGUGGCCAUGGAGACAAUCCUCCCUGAGCACUCCGCGGCUGGGGAGGCAAGCCAUAAGAGUCAUGCCUUGAGUCCAGUGAGCAACAUGUCAGGUGUACUCGGAGCUCCUCUUUGUGAUGAGACACCAAAACAACAACAUGAAGCAUUGGCCACAUCUGCUGGUGGAACUGCAAGCUUGACAGAAUUGUGUCAGUCGUCUAAAAAACUUCCUGAUGCUGAGGCUGCCCGUGACACCAAGGAGCUUUACGAGGGGCAUCGCCGCGACGCUGAGGAGGCUGAGGGGGAUCGCCGCGAUGCUGAGGAGGCCGACCGGCGGCGUGAGGAGCAGCUGGCCGCUCGCGAGGAGCAGCUGGCCAUGCGUGAGGACGCACUCGCCAUGCGUGAGCAGGCGCUCCUGAGGCGUGAGCAGGCGCUCGUGAGGCGUGCUGAGGCGCUCACGAAGCGUGCCGAGCUGCUCACGAACGAGCAGCUCUCCUGCCGUGAGGAGGAGCUCUCCAUGCGUGAGAAGGUGCUCGCCAGGCGUGAGGACAUUCUCACCAGGCAUGAGGAGGCGUGAGGAGGCGGACGUCGGGAUCCGGGAGCGAGAGCGCGAGCGCCGCACGAAUUAUUGUCCUGAUGAUGCUUCUGCUUGGCACAGCGGGCAGAAUCGCAGUGUUGUAUAAGUUGCAUGCAGGUCCUCUCGACUGUUCCUACGAUUGACCGUCAAAACGCGAUGAUGUCAGACAGAACUAGCUAGAUACUUGGGAGCACAGAGAGCUUUCGGCGACCGUCUACAGACUUGUUAGAUAUGGAACCUCGGAGAUGGUAGUUGAGUUGUGAUUCUAUGUGAAAAUGGUUCUUAUUUCUUGGUGCAAAUGGUUAUUAUUUCUCUCUGAAAGUUGUUCUUUAUCCAUGGGAAAAUUCUGUCAGAACUCUCUUUGAAUUACUCUGUUAUACGGUCCAGCUAAGCAACAUAUUUUGCUCUCUUUUUGUUCAAAUUCAGUCCAGUUCAACACGGUGUUACAAAUGUAAAAAUGGAGCAACUGCAAGUUAGUUAAGCAUGAAUCUCUGAACUUGCA